GCGGAGAUUGCGCCAUUAUGUUGCUAUGCUGCUAUUGCCUCUGCAGCUGAAGCGAGCGAGAACAUUGACAACGGACUCCGCUGACAUAGUCAGAGACGUAUUCGGCAAUCCACAUUUUCCCCAAUAUAUAUAAAUAUAUAUGUCGCUCAUACCCUCUCAUCUACAAAUCAAAGGAAUUGUAAAUAUAAUUCACUCGGUCUGAGAUGCUUGCUGGUUCGCUAUAGCCAAUGGUUGCUUUAUCUUGCGUGUGGAUUAUUCGUCGCCGUGCUAGUCGGAGAUUCGAGCCAGGAGGGCCCGCAGUUGAAUGUGUAUGAAGCUGAAGGAUCGGAGUGUUAAAGAUGAGGUUUUGUCGGAGUUGGAAGCGGGUGAACUGAACUUGGAUUUUCAGGCUCUCACCCUAAACUCAUUUCCUGCUGUAAGAAAAUCAUAUUCCUUAAAAACUGGACGCCCCUGGAACUGUUUAUGACGACCCUGGUUUGACCGUAAUGACCGCACGCUUCCGGUUGCCCGCUGGCAGAUCUUACAAUGUCCGGGCGUCGGAGCUGGCACGCGACAGGCAGCACACGGAGGUGGUCUGCAACAUACUUCUCUUGGACAACACCGUCCAAGCCUUCAAAGUUAACAAGCAGCACCUGGGUCAGGUCUUACUGGACGUAGUGUUUAAACACCUGGAGCUGACAGAGAGGGACUACUUUGGUCUGCAUCUGGCCGACGACUCUUCUGAUAACCCGAGGUGGCUGGAUCCAAACAAACCAAUCAGGAAGCAGUUAAAAAGGGGGUCGCCUCAUAAUCUGAGCUUCAGAGUCAAGUUCUUUGUGACAGACCCUAAUAAACUUCAGGAAGAGUACACUAGGUACCAGUAUUUCCUCCAGCUGAAACAGGACAUCCUGACUGGCAGACUGCCCUGCCCGCACAACACUGCCGCACUUCUGGCGUCCUACGCAGUUCAGUCUGAGCUGGGCGACUACAGUGACACGGAGCAUGUCCCCGGGUACCUUUCGGAGUUCUGCUUCAUCCCCAACCCACCUCAGUGCUUCGACAAGGAGGUCACCAAACACCACCAACAGCACAGUGGUUUGUCUCCUGCCCAGGCUGAGUUUAAUUACCUGAACACAGCACGGACAUUGGAGCUGUACGGAGUGGAAUUGCACUAUGCAAGGGAUCAAAGCCACACUGAGAUUCUAAUUGGGGUGAUGUCCUCAGGGAUCGUUGUUUACAAGAACCGAGUGCGAAUCAACUGCUUUCCAUGGUUGAAGAUUGUCAAAAUAUCGUUCAAGUGCAAACAGUUCUUCGUUCAGCUCAGGAGAGAAGUGAAUGAGACAAGGGAGACCUUGCUAGGUUUUAACAUGGUGAACUACAGAGCCUGUAAGAACCUAUGGAAGACGUGUGUAGAACACCACACCUUCUUUCGCCUGGACCGGCCUGUUCCCCCUCAGAAGAACUUCUUUGCCCACUAUUUCACCCUGGGCUCCAAGUUUCGUUACUGCGGAAGGACGGAAGUGCAGUCUGUGCAGUAUGGCAAAGAGAAGGGGAUCAAAGACCGGGUGUUUGCCAGGUCUCCAAGUAAGCCUCUUGCCAGGAAGUUGAUGGGCGGGACCGACUGGGAGGCAGUCAGCAGGAACAGCCUAUCAGACGAAAGGCUGGAAACCCAGAGCCUGCCCACACGCUCCCCACCCGGAACUCCCAACCACCGGAACCCGUUCAUACAGGAGGGGUCACGAACGCGGCCGUCUUCUGUGGGUCACUUGGUGGACCACGUGAUCCACGCCUCGCCCAGCCUCCCCGUCUUCUCCAAUCACAAAUCGGCAUCGUCCACCCAGGCCAACUCCAUCAGCCUUGACUCUACUCCAUCCCCAGAGGUUGUAGAGGGGCCUCCUCCAGCCCUCCCUCCCAAACAGUCCCGGAAGAACCUGAGCCAGAUUAUCCAGGCCCACUCCCAGCAGAGUCUCCUAGACAAUCAUGUCAAUGAGAUGUACGAUGUUCCCGUGGCAACCGACAAGACCACACUCAACGGUGUAGUCCCUCACGACAAUCUGGUCCUCAUUAAGAUGAGACCGGACGACAAUGGUCGAUUCGGCUUCAAUGUCAAGGGGGGAGCUGAUCAGAAGAUGCCUGUCAUCGUGUCUCGUGUUGCCCCUGGGACAUCGGCUGACCUUUGUGUCCCUCGCCUGAACGAAGGUGACCAGGUGGUUUUGAUCAAUGGUCGGGACAUCUCGGACCAUUCUCACGACCAGGUGGUCAUGUUCAUCAAGGCCAGCUGUGACAGCCAUUCAGGAGAGCUCAUUCUUUUGGUCAGGCCCAAUGCCAUCUAUGACGUGGUGGAGGAGAAGCAGGACACGGAGCCGGACUUCCAGUACAUCCCAGAGAAAUGUCCUCAAGACCCCAGUCAGAGGGACCAGGGCGCCUGGAGGGAAUCCAUGGUGACCCUGAAGGAAGGCCUGCUCAGCGGGGCGUUACUAGCCCAGUUUGAUCAACUUUACAGGAAGAGGCCUGGAAUGACAAUGUUGUGUGCCAAAUUACCUCAGAACAUAUCCAAAAACCGCUACAGAGACAUCUCACCAUACGACGCCACGCGGGUCAUUCUGAAAAGCACAGAUGACUACAUCAAUGCGAACUACAUCAAUAUGGAGAUCCCAGCGUCCAGCCUGAUCAACCGGUACAUCGCGUGUCAGGGCCCGCUGCCCAACACGUGCCCAGAUUUCUGGCAGAUGACCUGGGAGCAGGGCUCCUCCACGGUGGUCAUGCUCACCACCCAGGUGGAAAGGGGAAGGGUGAAGUGUCAUCAGUACUGGCCCAACCCUGACAGCACCUCCACAUAUGGUCACUUCCAGGUUACCUGCCUUACUGAGGAGAGCAACUCAGCCUUCCUGGUCCGAGAGAUGACUCUCACACACCUUGUGAGCGAGGAGGUCCGGGAGUUGACCCAGAUCCAGUACGUGGCCUGGCCGGACCACGGCGUCCCAGACGACUCCACAGACUUCCUGGACUUCGUCAACCUGGUGCGGAGCAAACGAGCCAGCAAGGACGAGCCUGUGGUGGUCCACUGCAGUGCGGGGAUUGGCCGAACGGGAGUCCUCAUCACCAUGGAGACGGCAUUGUGCUUGAUGGAGUGCAGUCAGCCUGUAUAUCCAUUAGAUAUCGUCAGGACCAUGAGGGACCAGAGAGCCAUGAUGAUUCAGACUCCCAGCCAAUACAAGUUUGUGUGUGAAGCAAUCCUGAGGGUCUAUGAGGAAGACUUGGUCAAACCCCUGAAGUCCACCCUUUACAGUCUAGAAGAACCAGAAGAAGUGGUAGAAGUUGAAAAUGGACAAGAAGAAGUCGAAGAGGAAGAUGAUGAUGAUGAUGAUGAAGAGGAGGAGGAUGUUAGUAUAAGCAUUAGCGCUAGUGUAACCAGUGAGACCAGCGCGACCAGUGAUUGCCCUGAACCCUGACUCCUUGGAUCUUAUUUGGGUCUGUUGGGAGACACCCAGCGUCAGGGAGAAGGAGCUCUGGUAACCAUGGUUACCCCCUGGGCCGAGGAGAGAACGAAGCACUGUUGCACUUUACACUGUCAGAAAAGAGGAAAUUGUGGACAAAUGAAACCUGUCAUGUUCAAUAGGUACCAUUAGGGAUGUGUGUUCAGGGUGAAUAAGAAAAGACAUUUGAAACAUGAUGAAAUUGCUGUAGUGCCAUAAGUACUAUGAAUGAGCGGGGCUGCAAGGGGGCGUUUUUCUAUUUUUUUUUCUUUUUUUUAAGUGAGUGAUCAAUGAGCCUUGCCAAAUCAAUUUGAAAGAUGGACAUGCCUUUUCUCCUAUGUCCUUCUGGCUGAUCAAGAUACGCUGUAUCCUUUCAAAGAGUAUUUAUUGUAUUUUAGUUUGUGUCAACCCCUGUCCACUGAACAAAAUAUUUGUUAGUACCAGUCUUAGCUGCCCAAAUGAAAUCAUAGCUAGUAUAGUGAUCCAUUUAUUUUCUUUUUAGUGAAAGUGUUGUUUUUCUGCUUUUCUUAUCAAAAGAUGACAGACACAUCAGAGCACUUUGUGUCUAUCCUUAUUUAAUCUUGUGGCUGUCGGGUUGCUAUGCCUUGUUGCUUGCAUAGAACUAACAAGAAGCAUUUGGGUGGCAUGUUAAAAUGUCCAGUGGGUGAACUGUCAAAGCUUUUCACUGAGACAGAGGCGGAUCUGCUCUUAACAAUUUCACAAAGUCCCAUCCACCAAGGCAAAAUAGUGGUAAUACAUGGAAGAGGAAUCCUUAAAACAACCAAAUAGAAUACCUUUCUCACAGUUUUGGUUUGUAUGUGUCUCUUAAGAAUGUACAGAAUACAAGCCAGCAACGCAAAGAACAUUAAUUAAGUCUUUCUACCCCCUCCCCCUUUGAUAUAUUUAAAAGGUACUUUUAAGGCGCAUUCUUCAAUGUUUUAUUGGAGAUAACUGUUUAGGCACAGAUUGCUGGGCAUUCGUUGCAUUCAGCACAUUAACAUGUUUCAGUCGAAAUCAGGCAACACGAGGUGUCCUUUUUCACGCUGGUUCAACUGUAUUGUAUUUUUCACCAGCUGUUGUUUUGGAGUUAUUCCGUUUGUUUUUAGUGUUAGCGCUUUAGGUUGGUUGCUUUGUUCUGUUGCCUGGCUGCUGCCAUCUUGGCACCGCGGGUAGGGCCACUCUCCUCGAUGCACUCGUCUGCACAAACUAACUGCCGUGUGUGUGGUUGUCUGGAUAUGUGCUGUAUGUGAAAGUGUUCAUGAGCGUCUGUCUCUGUGUGUUUGUGUCUCUGCAGUUUUGUGUUUGUGUGUGUGCGCCUCUGGUGCUGCUGUGGCGCUGUGUGUAUGAUGUCUAUCUUUUUUGCCAUCAGCUAACCAAUAGGCCAUUUCACCAUUUUCACCUGGCCGCUGUGCAUAUCUGGAGUCAGAUGAAAAUUCUGCUGGUUAACCGGUUUGCCGUACGUCUGUCUGGUUAACCCGUGUGACUGUGUGAUGUGUCCAUAACAGAUGCAUUGAUUAUGCGUACAUUAGGACUCAUGUGACUUGGCUCUUAGGAGCUCGUAGAGUUUAUUUGUUGCAGGCAACCUGGCUCACACAGUCCCCACUGGUCAGUUAUCAGCCCACAAUGUGGAAUCCACAAAACUCAACUUUUAGUCUUUUUAUUUGAUGUGUAUUAAAUCUACCUGUCUUUUGUUGAAAGAAUGAUCCCAUGCAAGUGUAGAGGAUUGGUGUGACAGAAUGCUACACACAAAAAUUGGGUUUCUAGGGGCAUCAAAUAUUUUUUACGAAUGUCCAGCAUUAAGCUUUGUUCAAUGUGUAAUGAUAGCGUAGGGGAUCUGUUGGGGGCUAUUUGGGGCGGAUGGGGCCAGGGCGGGCAUAGCUACAGGAGGGGUGGCCAAGUUGUAUUUUUGUAAAAGAAUCGACAGUACUUGCUUCUUAAAAAUGGACAGCACUUUGCAGAUGACUGGGUAGCCAUGCCUGCUACUGAAUGUCAGAAACAUAAAGUGGUGUUGAGUUUUUAUUUAUCAUUUUAUUUGUUUUUAAGACACCUGUCGGGAACAAAAACUCCAAACACAGUGCCACUUGUUAAUUUUGUGUAAAUAUACUAGAUCAUGUAAAUACAAUGUUGUAUAUGGAAAAAUCUUUAAAAUAAAAGGGAAAAUAAUUUGA